UUACAGUAAUAUCUCUAUAGUAAUAAGCUAAUAAGUAACUGCGAGACUCUUGCGCAAGACCAAGACCAUGACCAAGAAUGAGUUCACAAGACCAAGGCUCGUCUCGGUCCCGCAUUUGGGCAACACUAGUGAUAAUAUUAUAGCAUUCUUUUCGUUUCUAUUCUGUGGUUUUUGGUUCUUACCUAAAUAUAUAUAUGCCGUAUUCUUGAUUUCAGUACGUUUUCAUCAAUAUUUCUUAUAAUUCUGAAAAACGAACA